AACUUGAAACUCCAGGAAACACUGCAGACCAGUAAACGCCUCUCUGCGUGUGUCCUAUUAGUUUCACUUUACUUUCAGUUUCGUCCAGGUUGUGGCGCAGUUAUUUUUCUCCGCGUUUUCCUCCAUCUGAAGGAUGGAGAAUAAACUCAGCAACAUGGUUGACUGUAAUGAGCUGUACCAGAAACCAUAUUCAUACAUACGACCUUUUAAUAGGAUCAGAGGGCAGAAGGAAGAACCAGACUCUGCUGGAUCUGAUCUUGAUCUGCCUGAACCCACAGAGAAGAGGUCACUAACAGAAGAACAGUCGUCCAUGUUUACACGUGCACCACAUGGAGUCUGGACCCAUCCCUCAGUUAUAAGGGAGCAGAAGAAAGGAUCAGAAUUUGAUGAAGUUAAACAUCAACUCCUACGUGGAUCUGAAGAGGAAGGAUCAUCUGACUGUGAAAGUGUAUUCAGCUGUGUGUCCUUCAAGAGUGAUCGGUCAAUGCCUCAUUUCAUAGAUUUUAAAGAUUCCCGCCCCUCAGCUCCAAAGAGGAUGGAGAAUAAACUCAGCAACAUGGUUGACUUGAUGAAGGAACGUGAGGAUGCAAUGAUGGCGCAUAUGAAACCAAAAAGAGACCUGGAGGAUGAAGGAUCAGACUCCACUGAAUCUGAACAUGAACCAAGUGAUGAACCAUCAUCUCAUUCUGAUAGUGAUGAUAAAUCCAGCUGUGUGUCGUUCAACAGUGAUCGGUUAUUGAAUCACAUCACAGAUUUUAAAGGUUCACGACCCUCAGCUCUAAAGAGAAAAAGAAACCUGGAGGAGGAACGAUCAGACUCUAUUGAACCUGGACAUGAACCAUCAUCUCAUUAUGAUAGUGAUGGUAAAUCCAGCUGUGAGUCCUUCAAGAGUGAUGAUUCAAUGAAUCGUCCCAUAUAUUUUUAGGAUUCCCGACCCUCAGCUCUAAAGAGAAAACGACUGGAGGAGGAAGGAUCAGACUGAUCAACCUGAACCUAGAGAGGAACCAUCAUGUGAUUCUGAAUAUGACACUGAAUAAAUGAACCCUGGUGACUACACAGCUGACAAAAUGAUCAGUAUUGUGUGCAAAUUAAAAUAGCAAGUUAUUAUCACUUUAAAGUUGGUAACUGCACAGUAUGUACUUUACAUUAUAGGUCUCAUACAAUAAUGUGUUUUUAUUUUUCCAGCAGCCUGACUCUCUAAGUGUUGUUAGUUAUGACUUUGUGAGACUUUCUGGUUGAUUAGCACAGGUCAACAUGUGAAUAUACAUGUAAUAAAAUUAAGUCCAGACAGUUUUGGAAUAUAUAUAGUAUUCUAAUCCAAAGUAGAAAAAGGUUUAUGUGUUUUUCAGCUGCUCUUUAAUGGUUUUCUAUGCAGGUUCUCCUCUUAUUGUCCUUUUACUGUUGAUGCUACAAUAAUUACAGUUAAUCUAUAUAUGAAUCUAGCUUUAGUGAGACAAAUGAUUUAUAGCAUAUUAUUACUUUAUGUUAAUGACAGAGAUAAAUAUCCUUUAACUAAGGUGGGGACGAGUAUUUCUUUGAUGUAUAUGAAAGUUACUGUUUUACAGGCCUCAGUGGUCGACACGUUCAUUCUCUUGGAUGUUCUGGUGAUAUUGAUAUUUCUGAGUCUCUUUGCUUCAGUCUCCUGGUUCUUUUUUCAGUUACAUUCCAUUUUUAUAGUAUAAUGUUGUUGUUUUUUUACUACAUUUUUACAGUGUGUGAUUUGGGUCAGUCUGGUUGGUUUAUAUCAGGGGUAAACAAAGGUCUGAAUCUUAUAAUGUCACUUGAAAUAGUUUGACCUGAUGUAAAUAAGAUCAACAACGUACGUACAUGUCUAUGUCAUGUUAAUUUCAAGUGUUUUCAAAGUAACAGCCUCUAAACUUUUAACAGACCAAUACGUCUGAACUCGAGUGGAAAACAAUACUGUAGUUGUCUUUACUACAUUUCCAGUGACAGACAACAGAGUCUGAAUUUCUUCUGAAUAACAUAAAAAGUGCAAACACAGCUUUGACCAGCCUGAACUUAUUAUUCAAAAUAAAAGUGCAUCUUUAAGAAAAAAUGGAAACAAGAGACCUUUGAGCUUUGAGCAGAGCCUUGUUAAUAUCUGCUCUAUAUGUUAGUAAAACUUCCGUUGUUGUUUAUGUGCUUAUUUUUUAAAUAAUCCUUAUAGCAUUAUUUUAUUCCUUGUUACAGCUGCACAGAUGAAUGUACCUCACCACACAUCUUCUCUCCAUGUGUGCAGGAAAUAAAGAUGAACUGUGAAAUUA